CCUCUCCACUUCUCUCGCACGCAACGAUGCGGUUCAACCUAGCUCGACGUCGUUUCCGUUGGUCAGCACUCGCCGUCGUAUUCCUGUUCGCACUCCUCUUCUUGACUCUCUCGCCACAGUCAAUGAACAGCAGUCUCAAAAGACUCUCACAGCUUCGCGCACACUUGCUCUCCGUACCCACACCGCUCAGUCAACCUCGAGCCCAUCUCACCGUCACCAGACUCUCUCCGUCGACACCGCAAGAAACUGCCAAGAUAGGUGCCCUACUCUCCACUACCCAGGCUAGACCUCUCAGUACAAGCGAAAUGUCCGACUACAAGAUCGAGGUCGACGAGGCCAUCAAGGCCAACCACGUCAUGGUUUUCAGCAAGAGCUACUGCCCUUACUGCUCGCAAACCAAGAAGCUCUUGGAGGAGGAAGCCAAGUCUCUCCCCGCCGACAAGAAGUACAAGGUUGUCGAGAUCGACUUGCGUGAUGACACCGACAAGAUCCAGGCGUACCUCCAGUCCAAGAGCGGACAGCGAACUGUCCCCCAGAUCUGGAUCAACCAGGAGUUUAUCGGUGGAAACUCCGACUUGCAGGCUCUCCGUGGACCCAAGUUGCAGGCCAAGCUGAAGGCUUGAAUCGCGCCUUCUUCUCGCUUGUAGUAGAACGUUUCUUAACCCACGAGACUGGGAUCGCAACACGAAAUAUCAAAGAAUAUCCUGGGGCUUGUGAAUCCGCGAGACUGAAAAGCGAUUGCUGGUAACGAAAGGGU